UUAAAAUGACCGAAGCCGACAAACAAAACUUGAGGCUCUGGGGACAUUACAUAACCCACAUCCUACGUCCAACUUACAUUCAUGGAUUCCUCACAAGUUUCUUUACACAAGUUUGGUGUUGGAAGGCACCAUGAAGAUUGACAUGUUGAUCAAUGGGAGUGUUAGGAAGCAGGAGGUCAUGGGAGAGCUGGGAAGUCAUGUGAUGGAACUUCCAACUAGAGUUGGCAACCCAUGUACAUUGGUGUUUUUCUUCCAGUUGAUACUCAGCAGAUUCUAUCAACGGAAGACACGUCAGUCAUUCGUUCUGCAGAACUCUUUCUUGAGUGUUUGCUUAAAUUGCAUGAAAAAGGAUGGUAUCAAGCGUUUUUAGAUGAACUAGGAGCAAUUGGUUACACUGGUCUGAAGGAAGCCAUUGAAACUGCUGACUUUACUGAAAUUGAGAAACUGCAAGAGCCUAAAGCACUACUGGAACGCAUUUCACAAACAAUUGUUUCCAACAUAAAGCCAUGUGAUGUUAUUUUUCAUAUGUCAUCGUGUCUCCUAAUCAGGGAAUGUGAAGAGAUUAAACAGGUUACAGAACACAAAGGUCCUACAGCUGGAGCAAUGAAACUACUCGAUUGUUUACAAAGGUCAGAUAAAAAACACUUUUUCAAGGAAUUUCAACUAGCUUUGGAGUAUUGCAACUGUACUGCAGUGACUAGCCUCUUAUCUUCAGAUUCAGGUGAGGUAAACACACAUGGAGAGGACAACAGCAACUCUAUGAGCACGGACAUGGAAAUGUAUUAUUCCGAGGAGCCAGAAAAAUGGAACACUUGUAGUGCCGCUGUCAACAAUAUGGAAAAGUUCCAACAAAACUCAGUUGCUGUGGAGAAUCUAAAAAUGAGAAGCUAUCAGAUUGAACUGGCAGAACCUGUACUCGCAGGUGACAACACAAUCGUUUGCGCUCCUACAGGAUGUGGAAAAACCAUCGUCGCCCUCCACAUCAGUGAGCAUCACCUCACCGAAGCGCCCGAUGGGGAGAAGAGGAAAGUUGUCUUCAUGGCUACCACAGUUCCUGUUUAUGAGCAGCAAUAUGACUUGUUCAAGAAACACUUCCAGAAAACCAGCUUCAAAGUGUGUGGAUUCUGUGGUGAUAAAGUGGACACUUCUCCAGUGGAGAUGUUGGUCGAGGUAAAUGAUAUCAUUGUCCUUACACCACAGAUUCUGCUGAACUGUCUCAAAGAUGGACGAAUCGCAUCCUUGUCUCUCUUCACCCUGCUGAUUUUUGAUGAGUGCCACAACACGACAAAAAAUCACCCAUACAAUGUUUUAAUGAAGAGGUACUUGGAUGUCAAACUUGGCACAAGGACAAGCAUUUUACCUCAGAUCGUUGGAUUGACGGCAUCACUCGGAGUCGGUGAUGCCAGUUCGCUCACGAAUGCAGUGGAUUAUAUUGUCCAAAUUUGUGCCAAUCUUAACGCCGAAGCCUUAUCAACUGUGCAAAGGAACGUGGCGGAACUGGGCAAAUAUGUCUUUGUUUCAGAAAAACAUAUUCGACGAACUGCUAAACGUACAAAGGAUCCGUUUGCAGACAUUAUCUCUGGGAUGAUGGCUCAAGUGGAGGCUAUGGCCAAGAGUAUUUAUAAUAUUGAUGAUCUUUCGAACAUCCAGAACAGAAACCGUGGUACGCAGAAGUAUGAGCAAUGGAUCAUUGAAGUGCAGAAAAAGUGCAAAGUUCUCCGAAUGGAUGAUGUGGAAAAGGAGAGGCAGAUCUGCCGGGCACUAUUCACUUACACUGAGCACUUGCGGAAAUACAACGACGCUAUGAUUAUCAAUGAUGAUGCCCGCACCAAAGAUGCAGUAGAAUAUCUGGAGGAAUUUUUUAAUAAUGUGAAGGGAGGUGGAUGCGAUGAGACAGAACAAGAGCUUACUGCAUUAUUUGAAAAUAAGAAACAGCAACUGCUGGAAAUCGAUGCUGAUCCGAGAAAUGAGAAUCCCAAGCUUACUGAAGUGAGGAGCAUUCUGAGCCAGGAAUACAAUAACAAUCCAAAGACCAGAACUAUCCUGUUUGUCCGAACUAGAGCACUUGCAGAUGCUUUGAAGAAGUGGUUACAAGAAUGUCAGACAUUGGCAUUUUUAAAACCUGAAAUGUUAUUGGGAAGAUCCAAGAGCACAGGAAUGACCUUGCCCUCACAAAAAGAAGUACUGACUUCAUUUAAAGGCGAUUCUGGUAGCAAAAUCCUUGUAGCAACUUCUGUUGCUGACGAAGGAAUCGACAUUGCUCAGUGUAACCUUGUACUAUUGUACGAAUAUGUGGGUAAUGUUAUAAAGAUGAUCCAAACAAGAGGCCGUGGUAGAGCACAAAAUAGCAAGUGCAUCCUUAUUGCCAGCAAGAAAGAGCAGGUUGAGAAAGAAAUGCUCAAUCUUUUACAGGAGGAGAUGAUGUACAAGGCUAUUCAUGAAGUACAACAGUUGGACAAGAGAGUCCUGGCUGAGAAGAUUAACACCAUUCAAGUAAAUGACAAGAAAAUGAGGGAAUGGAUGGUCAGUACUCCAAGAACAGACAAAACUGAUGUCAGUUACCAGUUACUUUGUGGAAAAUGCAAAAUUUAUGCAUGCAACUCCGAUGACAUAAGAGUCAUAGAGGAAUGUCAUCACACGGUUAUCGGCAACUCCUUCAAGGCCCUUUACUCAACUCGACCUCACAAGAAGCCAAAAAACUUCGGCAGUUUUCAGAAAAAGCAAAAAUUAUAUUGCAAUGAUUGUGGGCAUGAUUGGGGAAUUACUGCAAACUAUAAGGUGUUUAAUGAUCUCCCAGUGAUUAAAAUCGAGAGCUUUAUUCUUAAGAAUAUGUCAACAUCUGAUCUGAUUCCAGGGAGUAAAUGGAAAAAUACCCCCUUUUUGAUGAAACUCUUUGAUGGUGCGGAACUUGCCAAUACAUAAAGGGGGAAAAAUCCAUUAAACAUCAAUUUCCUUAGUCAAAAGCCAUUCUACGGCAGAAGCAGAGAAUGCAGGAAUACAAAGCAACUUCAACAGCAUCAGAAAAGACCACAUAAUAUUUAAAUUAUAGGACCCAUCCUCAGAACUGUUCUGCUAUUUUAAUUGAAUGCUUUCACCAACAAUAAUUUUUGGUUUUUGUUUUAAAACUACUGUUUUUAAAACAGAAUCUGGGUAUUUAAACCUCUCCCAUCCAAUAAUAUAGAAUUAUAUUUCUUUCAGAAUCACCCUCUAAGCAUUAAUUCCCUCUGCCAGAAAAUGCACCAAUAAAUACAACAGAAUAUGCUAAAGAACAUGGAUGUGCAGUUAUUAAGAUCUUGUUCAGCAAUUUUGGCAAAGUCUGGUUGAAUACUAUUUACUGUUAAUCAGUAGAGAUGCUUCCAUAUAUAAUCAAAAUUUGGGGCCACAAAAAUAAACAGUAGUCAUUAAUAAAUCCAAUAGGGACUUCUUUACUCAGUGAUUAGAAUGUGGAAAUUGCUACCAGAUGGCGAUUAACAUAGAAGCAAUUAAGGGGAAGCUGGAUCAAUACAUGAAAGAGAAAGGAAUAGAAGAAUAUUCUGAUAGUUUGUGAUGAAGAAGGGUGGGAUGAGGCUCAUGCGACCAGUUGGGCCUGUUUCUGUGCAAUAUAUUCUAUGUAAAGUAGUUCAGUGCUUUGAGUUUUAUAAAACGUUGUUUGCAAUCAUUAGUGAUUACUGUAUUCAUAAGCUUACUGUGUUAUUUCAUCUAAAUAUUACAACUUAAACUGGAUUAAUCAUCAAA